GUUGCAUGUACCACGUACAUAUACCAAUCCCAUACGGAAGGACUAUUACUAAUACUAUUACAGGUUUUUGAGGAUUUUCUACACGUAUGCAAGUCGUUGAGAUUAAGACGUGACAACACACCUCAUGGCAACAGCUGCCAGGUGGGACAUUAGGAAUUUGAGCGUUAAUUUUGUCUCCAUUUAAGGACUUAAUUAUCAGAUUUUGAGUUUAGUUGAAUUUGAUAUUUUCAAAUAAACAAGAUUUAUUUAAGACCUACAAAUUCGAGUAAAUAUAAAUUAGAAAGUGCACAAACAAAUAGCUGUAUAUCUUUGUCACAUGGUGAAGAGUAGGUGGCAUUUUGACAAAUGGUUAAUGACCUAGAAAGAAUCAAAUGGUAUAUAUUUUGAAGUCUCUUGUCUAAGUUGUCUUGUCUUGCUGCAGAAACAAAACACAUGAAAGUGCUCAAAAAUCUGCCACGACUUCACCUUUGAACAUCCAUGCAUGGCCACUUGUCAUCACACUAAACAACACCAAUAAAUGAGUUGGUGCUCAAAAUAAUCAAACAAAUUGCGACUCCACAACAUCAACAUCACCAACCAGAUGCUAUAAAUAUAUAUAUAUGCCCAUCUAGCUCGUUAUGAGAACACCAACUCCUUACUCCUCCUGCUUUGGAUAACUCAUAAAAUAUUCUCUUCGGCACUUUCAUAUAUAUAUAUUUCCAUUUCUAGCUAGCUUCUUCUUUAAUGGAGUGGUCUCCUCAAGAUGCCAUGAAAGCUUAUUUGCAAACUCUUCAAUUGUGUAAGUUACAUGAUGAUGAUGAUGAUCAAGAUUUGUCAUUGGGAAGCAAAAGAGUAGUCAUUGAGCCCAAAUGCAUGGAGUUCAUAUCAGCUUUGGCAGCAGGAAAGAGAGCAAAAUCAAUGGUGGAAAUCACAACACAAGGCAUUACCCCAAUCACAAUAGCCCUGGCUGUGGCUGCAAAGCAAACAGGAGCUCAAUUUCUCUGUUUCCUUGUUAGCAACCACAAUGAAGGCCUUAACAUUGAUGAAAGCAAACACAAGCUCAUAGAUCUUGGUCUUGAAGAUGUGAUUCAUUUUUUUUACAAAGACCCAUUUGAAGGGUUGAUGCAUGAGGGCUGCAAAGACAGAUUUUGCAGUCAUUGAUUGCAAGUAUGAGCAUCACUUGGAGUUGUUUAAGGUUGUUAAUGUCAACCCAAGAGGGUGUAUUGUAGUAGAGCACAAUAUAUAGGGUAUAGGAAAAGUGGGGUUUCAUUUAGUCAUGUUUUGAAGGCCAAGAAAGAAUCAGUUGGGUAUGUUUGUCUCCCAAUAGGAGAAGGAAUAGAGCUGACAAGCGUUGGACCAGAGGGAAAGAGUGAGAGAUCCAGGAGAUUCCAUGUAACUUUUGAAAAUUGAGCUUUUGGUAUUAAUGAUUUCCUUAUAUAUACAACAAAAAUUAGAUUAUAGGCAUU